UUCUUCACAGAGAGAAGCAGGCAAGCGUAGUACCACCUCCUGACACUCUCUCACUCUUGAUCAAUGGAGCUUCGACACCGAGCUAUGCCUUUCCUGCGUCUCUGUAACCUAGGGUUUCGUCUCUGCAACUCUCAAAUUUCAUCAGUUCCCCUUUCCCUGCAACGUAGCGUUUCUCCUUCUCUCUCCGCCUCUUUCAUAUUUUAGGGUUUAUUUGCCUCUUCUCGCUGUCUCCCAUCCUUGGAUGAUCGGGGAAAAUUGUUAAUGGAUCAGCAGUUGCAGGGCAGGUUUCCCCAUUCUCAACUGUCUGGUCCUGAGUAUGAUGCCCUAAAUUUGCCUUUUUGGGGCAAUAUUCUAAUAGGAUUAACUCUUUUGGGCGUGGGACGUUAAUGGUGGGUUCUGGUUCUUCUUAUGAUGGGAACUUUGAGCAAGGGCUUCUUCAAUUGCCUGGAACUUCUGGGAUUUUGAGUCCCUCUGAUCAAGGGGUCUGUAACCCUAGGGUUCUGAUGAAUAAUCUUCUCUUUCUUGAGCAGAAGAUUCAUGACCUUCAAGGUGUCGUGAAGUCCAUGAUCGAUGAGGAUUGCUCAGAUGACCUCUCAAUUAGACAGAGAAUGGUUUCUUCGGAUAUCGCAUCGAUCAUGGUUCAGUUUGUAUCAACUGCUGGAAAAUUAGGGUUUGGGUCUGGCCAAAACUCCAAUUGUUUGCAGACAGGUACUGGAAUUGGAGCUUCAGGGUUCCCCAUGAAUAGCUUGCAUCAAUUUGGAAAUGGGUUUUUGACUAUUGGGGAUUCUGAAAUGGGGGUUGGAACGAAUCUCUUAGAUUCAGUUGUUCAUAGAGAGGUCAAAGAUGUUGGAGCUGCUGAAUUGGGAGGAUGUUUAACGACUGAUAAUACAUUUGCACCUUCGAGGAAUGGAUUCCCAGACGAUAACAAGUCCCGAGAGAAUUAUGUUUGUAAUGGAGCCAGACCAUCUGUCGUUGUCCCUCAAGGUCCUCAACCAGAUUCAGAUUUUAAUGGUGGAGCAAAAGAAGAGGAAGAUGAUGGGGAUGUUGAGGAUCUCAUACCUGGUUCUUACGAGCUUCUUGAAUUGGAGAAGGAAGAGAUCUUAGCCCCACAUACUCACUUCUGUUCAAUCUGUGGUAAGGGUUUCAAGAGAGAUGCAAACCUCCGAAUGCAUAUGCGAGGCCAUGGCGAUAAGUAUAAGACCCCUGAAGCUCUUGCUAGGCCUACCAGUAAGGACCCAAAAGGAGAGGGCCUUCACUUGAAGAGGUAUUCAUGCCCUUUUGAGGGGUGUAAGAGGAAUCAAAAGCAUAAAAAGUUUCAGCCAUUGAAGACCAUCUUGUGUGUAAAGAACCACUAUAAGAGGAGUCACUGUGAUAAGAGCUAUAUUUGCAGUAGGUGUCAUAGCAAAAAGUUCUCAGUGAUGGCUGACCUAAAGACCCAUGAGAAGCACUGUGGCCAAGAUAAAUGGCAAUGCUCUUGUGGUACCACAUUCUCAAGGAAGGAUAAGUUAUUUGGGCAUGUUGCUCUUUUUCAAGGCCACACUCCUGCUCUGCCUUUACCAGAGGCCAAAGGCUCUGGGGUUUCUGAUACUCAAGGAGUGAAGAGUGAAGGAAUGAAGAAGCCCAGCUUCAAUGGAGUUACAGGCAAUGUGAUUCCUAGUAUGCUUGGGUGCGGAACUAGCAACCCAAGUUUUAUUUCUUCUUCUCGAGCAGGGUACGAAGGGGAAGCUUGUGGAAAUAAUGGAAGGGUUCAUACUCACUCUGGAAUAACUGGAGUCGGCAUGAAACAGGGUUUUCUUGAGGAAUUCUUGGGAUCCAAUAUUGGGUUUCCUCAAUCUGCAGCAACACUUCUGGGGGGUUCGCAUUCCUUUCCCUCUUUGUAGUCUGGUCAUUUUCUCUUCAACCUAAUAGAAAUAACGCCAAUAUGCUAAUGGAUUGCUAUGGUGAUUAUGGUUCA